UGCCCCUCUCCGCGAGCCCUCAGUGUCUGGAUUUAUGUUGUAGAUAGAUGGGCUAGAUGCCACACGUCAUAAGCUUACGGGCUGCAAAGUUAAUAGUCUGAAUUCUUUUGCCGUUUUGCUUCAUUUUAGGUGUUUUUUCCCCGCCCUCUUCUGCUUGGAUACUACUGACUUAGGCAUUGGAUAUGUGCACACAAGAUGAUGACAGCCCCUUUCCUCCCCGUAGAAGUAAAAUAAAAUAGGCUUUCGCACUCACUGGAUUUACUCCUGUCGUUCCAUAUGAAGAAGUCAAAAAUUUGGAUACGUGUCUGUGUCUAUUUACUGCUGUUCAUCACGCUGGGGGUACAUUCAAGUAAAUUUGACGUCAACACAGUGACAGAUGACAUCUCUAAACUCACUAUUUUGAGACAUAAUAUACCUAAAGAUUACAGAAUUCCAGUUAAUUUCGUUCCAAAAGAAGAGGGUGGGAUGUGUUGGGUAAAACUCAAUAUCUACUACUUGGAGGAGAGUUUAGACCUUUUAGCGAAUAAGUUUGGAAACAUUUCGUCCAACAGUAAAGAUAUUAACAUUUUCAUCCAAAUGCUCCAAGAACUGCGGCUCAAAAUGGGCUCUCUGGACUCCAUCAUGUAUGAUUUUGAGUGCCACUAUAGGGAAGAGAAGUGGGAGACAGCGCAUUACUUUGAAUUUGUCAAACAGUUCCUUAUAGCAGCACAGCAUAGAGGAGAUUCGGAUGCCUGUGAUCCUCCUCCUUGUCCGUCUACACCAUACACAGAAACAACACAAGAAGUAUCAUCCAUGUCCAGCACUGAAGGCCCAGUGUGUUCAACGCCAGGCUGCAGUACAUCCACAGAACAAAGAUCCAUAUCUGAGAUAGUGGAGCGAAGCCUUCUCUCCUUACUGCUAAUUCCACUUCUAGGCAUCGUAUUCUUGAUUGUGUGGAAGAUCCAAUCACGGAGGAAUAAUGAGGAUCCUCAGCAGGACCCAGCAGGUGGACUUUACUCAGACCCAGAAUGGACUGCGCCUCCACUGGACGAAACGACAGAAAAAAACAAGUUGAACGUCAUCGCGACAGUGUAAUACUUAACCUUCAAUGUUCCUCGGCGUACUUGGGCUCCACACUUUUCUCCUGGUGGCGUCCAACGGUGGUGAAAAAGCAGCAGGAGGCUGAAUUUCAUAGCGAGAUCUCAGAAGUGAAAGGCCUGUUAUUGACUGCUCUCCAGACUCACAACAGCAGACUCACAACUGCCAGGACUGAGAUUUUCUCUGGUUAAAUCAUGCCUGCUACAUAUGGACAAGCUUGCCUUUCUUGUAAGACUGCAUUAACCAACCAACCGCAUGCUUUUGAAUAAAAACACUGUGUGAGAUUUUGGCAGACACAAACCCCUGUAUCACACCUCCACUGGAUUCUCUGGCUUCGGCGAGUCAUCCAUCAGACCCUUCUGCGUCGCGAAGUCUUUAGGGGAAAAACAAUGAUGAAGGAUGAUGGAUAUGGAGACCACUGAUGAUAAUCACGGAAGCGGUAGCAGUGUGAACAGGGCACGCUGGCUGUGACCUUUUCCCAUUAGGCCGACAGAGGUGGCAGGACGCAAACAUCUGUUUCUGUAUGUAGUUUAUUGUGUCGCUAUCAUGUCUGUGGUCUUACAUUGUACCAUGUCCAUUCUUGGUUUUGUGCCUUGUUUCAUUAGUGUGAUUAAGUCUGUGUGUACAUUUAAAAAAGGCCUGUCAGCGUGUCUCUGUGGUAGCAGACAGCGGAGAGAUUGUUACAUGGCAGAUUAGACCAAUCUCAUCACAGUAACACAACACAUUUGAUAUCUCUCUCUCUCUCUCUCUCUCUCUCUCCCUCUCUCUCUCUCUCUCUCUCUCUCUCUCUCUCUCCCUGUCAAAUAAACUUACACUAUGACCGAUUAGUUGGCUUGACCUGUACCUAGUUAGGAUUUGGAAAACAGUAUGUUCAGUACGUACGAAAAAAAAAAAGAAAAAUAAGUCAUAUCAGGACAAUCUGCUGUGGAUGUAACUUGUGACAUGUGUGGCCACAUAUUACAUGUAACCUUUAGGAAACAGAUCAGCUGGUAACUAUGUUUGUUUCAUGUGUAUAUGGGAGUAUAUGUUGGGACUUUUUUCUUAGGAGAUGAGAGUAUAUUAUGCUAAAUAAUUAAAUCUGUGUUUGAAAAAAAAAAA